AUGUCAAAUCAUAUUAGGAACAUUGAUGAUUUGGUGACUGUAUAUCGAACGAAUGAUAAGAGUGCACUGCUGCGUACGACGGAAUCAGUCAGUUUGAUUAUUAAGACUUUGUCACAGUUGUCAUUGUCAUCGAGUGGUGAUGGAGUCAACUCACCUUCGCCAUUGAGCGAGACAUCCCCAUUGUCACUGGCAAACAUUCUGUGCGAAGUGAUCAAGGAGGAGGUGGAACUGGUGAUCCCCGUCCUGGACCAAUACUACCGAUGCAUACUGCACAUGCUGCAGGAGGUCUCCAAGAUGCCGCCCUCCACUGCAAUGCUCGAUCAAUUCAUAGCCGCUGCCACGCCAUCGCCAACGGCAUCGUCACCUUUGCGCUCAGGCUCUAUCUCCUCACCGCGACCAACCAACCUUACCGAGGCGACCAAUGCCGCCAUCUACACACUAUUUGGCACUAUCAGCUUCCUCUUCCCGACCAACGACAAGCUGUUGGCACUGUCCGUGCCCCAUGUCCUAAAGAUUGGUCGUCACUCCAUGCAGAUCCAAUCCAUCGUAUUCUCCACUCUCUGCUCAGAGACUGUCAACCAAGCUGCAGUCCUAGCUCCAUUUGCCAAAGACUUUCUUGAUUAUUCAUCAACUUAUCCAAACUACUUGUCGAUACUCAGUGGACUAUGUCAACAUAAUCAAGCAGACUUUGAAAAGAAUAUACCAUACUUGAUGGAGUGCUUUGAGAGGUCAUCGGAGAGCAAGGCCAGUAUCCUCUCCAUCUUGUCAGAGAUUGCAAGACAUAAUGCAUGCAGUCUGAUCCCAUACGUUGUUCAGCUCAAAGGAUGUCUACUCCAACAAUCAUUGACCACACUCUUUGGAACCAUUCUCAAGUUCAUCGUGGCCAAAUACCCAUCGGCCAUCACUCCAAUCAUGGAUGACAUCUUACUCUCAAUCACAAUGAUCUCUGCAUCCAAGUACUCACUCAUUCAAAUAGUUGGAAUGUGUGGACCGGAAAAGACGGAUAAGUCAUUGGAGUUCUUGCUUCAACUGUUGUCUAAUGAGGAGAAGAAUACUACAAGGGAUUCAAAUACUAUUGUUUCGAUAUUGAAGGGACUAAAGUCGAUACAGAAGACAUCGCCAAACUUGUUGACUGAUGUUGGUAUCUUUGCCAAGUUCCAACAGAGUCCAUCGGGCGUAUACAGCGAGUUCAUUGGCACAUUGGCACAGGACAUUGUGGAUCGCAUCAAGGAGCAUGCUGCAGCUGUCAGUGGCAACAAGAUGUUGGUGAUCAGUCUGCCAACACUACUGGACAGCACACUGGACAACAUUGAUGCGCAGGCACAGCAGGUGCAUCAGACCCUGGCGACCAUGCCCCAGUCUGAGAUUAGGAGAUACCUUUGUAUCAAUCACUAUCAACUAUGUGUGGACACGUUAUUGCUUCUGCCAAUACCAGUGCAGGGCAACACAGCCACUCAUUUGGUAUUCUCAUUUGGUGGCGAGAAGAUUGAGGUGUCGGUGGUCGACUCCCCACGUCUUCAGACACUCUGGCAACACGUUGACUACCUUCAGUCGGUCGUGAACCUCAACCGAUUCCUGGAUGCCAAGCAACAGCUUCAAGUGGAUGCCAACAGCUCGAUUGUACAAACACCAUUCCUCUCAUCGGGCGAGAUCAAGGAGCUGCAUCAAUCGUUGCAGGCACACUUUGAUCGAUCACCGCCUCCCCCUGCCACCACCACCUCCAUCGCAAUCACCAACUCACCAACCAUCAAUGUAAUACAACCAUCAGAUAAUCAAACGACAACUCAAUCAUCAUCGGAUAACAACAAUACAGACAACAACAAUACAAUCACACAAAUCCAUAUUACAGAGAUGGAACCAUCACUUGCCAUACCAACAGCAUCAUCAUCAUCACAACCGACGAGUGGAGCGACAAGUCCACGUCCACCAGCACAGGUGUUACAAGAGGGCUUCCUUAACAAACAAUCAAAGUACCUGAAACGCAAUGUGGCACUUUGGUUCAUGCUCAAUCAAGACUGUCUGACUGGCUCGACAAAGAAGGAGCGCGCCAACUCAACCACCGACAACAACAACAACAAUAAUACCGAGUCACGAGACGAAGACACCAGCUUCAAGAUCCCACUCUCAGAGAUAUUGAGUGUGAAGGAGAAUGAUAAGCUAUCCAGUGGCACAUUCACAUUGAAGCGCGCCAAAGACAAGUCCGAUGCAUUGCCCGAGAUCAAGUCAUUCUACAUUGUGACACGCAAGCGCAAGUACUUGAUCAGGGCAUCGUCACAGGCGGAACAAGUCCUCUGGGUACAAAAGAUCAAACAACAGAUUGCAGCAUAUGCCAGUGGGGAUCAAGGUUCCACAGCAUCACCAAUUGGAUCUCCACAACUUGUCAGUGCAUCCAGCAGUCCACCACAGAACAGUGCCAAUGGCAAUGGCAACAACAAUGUCAACAAGAAACACAAGAAGAUGACCGUAAAGCUAUCACAAUAUCUUGUAAAGAUUGGUAGCAAUGGAAAGACAAGCAAGAACAAGUAA